UAUGAAUAAAAGGUCACAAUUGAUUGAAUCAAAGAAGUGGAUUUCUGUAGAUGAUUAUACGAAACCUGAUGCAUUAUUUUGUCCAGAUAAUUGCAAAUGUAGAUUCUGUUUUAACAGAGAGGAAAACAAUAAAAGUCAAAUGAAUUGUGACCCGAUUCCCGAAGAUAGUGAUGUGGAAAUUGCUGAAAAAUCAUCUGUAUCCAACGACUUACUCCCUUCUAUCAUCUGUGUUGAAGAGAAGACUGUAGUAAGAGAACAAGCAAACGGAGAAGAAGAAAGAGAGGAAAAAGAAAAGAAAGUGGAGGUAGAGGUUGAACUUGGUAAAGAAGAUAAAGUAAACGCAACUCAUGAUGUAGGAUACCCUAUUAACAAUUCAAAUUAUAACUGGAGCAUUGCAGAAUCAUUAACGUCGAAUGAAGCUACACAUUCCGCCGAUAAGAUAACUCAAACUGACUUUCCCUCUUAUACAUUUCCGCAAAUCUUAUGCGAUCAAUGCGGCCAUAUGAUGUCCAUAAGUUCUGACAAUUAUAUAAAAUUGUACAACGACACUAAUGAGUCAUUGUUUUCUGCACAAUUAAUGAAUUCGUCUAAUUUUCAUAAAAAUAAGAAAGAUCGAGAAACAGUUUUAGACGAGAGAGCUAAUAGAAAGUCCAGUGGAUGCUAUUCCUUAGAUGCAGAUGAUGUAUUUGAUCUACCUUGUCGUAGUCAAACUAUCGAACUGUCAAAUGACAUCCAAUCAGUUGUUGAACGAAAUCCCAGAAGAAGGGAAGGUAAAGUUAAAGGUAGAGGGACCGUUAUUACUUUUAGGAAUUCUGCUGAGAAUUUCGAUGAAAAGAAAAAUUUUUUUGAUUCACAUAAAAAAGCGACUAAUGAUUCUUUAUCAUUAACUAAAAGAUUCCGUAAUUCAGUUUCUAUUGUUCAGAGAGAAAGAAUACUUUCUGAUAGUGAAAAUUCAAAAGGAAAGAAUUCAAAAGAAACUUUUGAUCUUAAUAAUUCCAUUCCUGAUAUAAAAGAGAGAAGUCGAAGUAUUUCAAACCUUCAGGAAGGAUCUAAAAAACAGUCUAUGUUUCCCACCUUUAUUUCUUUAACAUCAAAAACAAAAGUGCAUAUGAAUAGGCAACUUAGCAAGAACAAAUCCUAUAAUUUAGAGAGAACUUAA